GGAGUUUCACCCAUUCUACUUUAGUUAUAAAGAUAUAACCUAAGGUUAGUUGAUAUAUCGUAUCUCGACUCUACCUACCGUUCAUCAUAUACAUUUAUAUUAUAUACGCUCACUUCAUCACACACACUGUAUACAUACCUCCUAUCUACCUAUUUACCUUAGGUACCUAGUCUAUCUACCCAGCAGCGAGCGAUGCGUCUCCCCUACGUCCCCAACCCGCCGCAGCCGGCGUCCGAAGACGAAGCUGCCAUCGUAGCGCGCAUCGCGGCUCGUCGGGCCCCGCGCCCCUUGCAGCCGCUCGAUCUAGCGCUGCUCCAUUCGCCGCCGGUCGCGGACGGGUGGAACAGCUUCCUGGGCGCGAUACGCACGCGGACGUCGCUCGACGACCGGGCGCGCGAGAUCGCGAUCUGUCGGGUCGCCGUGUGCAACGGCGCGUGGUACGAGUGGGGCCACCACGCGCCGCUUGCGAGGGCGGCGGGGGUCAGCGAGGAGGGGAUGGGGGUUGUGGGGAGGGAUGUCUUGGUUGAGGAGGAGGGGGAGGGGGAGGGGGGAGAUGAUGGGGAGGAGAGGAGUAGGAAGGAGGCUGAACGGGCGGGGUUGGGGGAACGGGAGUGGGCUGUGCUGAGGUAUGCGGAUGAGAUGACGAGGAAGGUGAAGGUGUCGGAGGAGGUGUUUGGGGCGCUGAGGAGGGUGUGCAGCGAGAGGGAGGUUGUGGAGGUUACUGCUACGGUUGCGGCGUAUAACUGCGUCAGCCGGUUUCUAGUUGCGUUGGACGUUGGCGAGAAAAAUGGUACUGGUCCUGAUUCUGGGGAUUGAGAGGAAUUACGGCUGCCCCUGGAAGUUAGCAAGAUAAUAGAAUCAGUUGCUCCCUCUACAUCUAAUGUGAGGUAAUAGUAAACGUGUAAGAUGAAUACAUGCGUAGCGAGAUUCCAGACAUAUCAACAGCCGCGCCCUUCAUACUAUGAUAAAACUCAGUAUUGAAAUGCUUGGAUCAACCCCUGGAUAUAUUAUCGACGCUAUGAGUCGAUUUCCUUUCCCUAAUAACCACCCAGCCAGUUCUUUUACAUCCGAUCAAGCCUACACUAAACCCAUCUAAUACAUAUGACAUCCCCGAAGGAAAAUAGCCAGUCCGUGUAAUGCGGAUAUGAGGCGUGGUAUCUAACUAU